AUGUCUUCAAAAGAGAUCUACCAAGUAAUUUAUGACUUUGAAAAGAGUAAUGAAGGAGAGCUCACUGUUCAUGAAGGCGAUCUUGUUCAAAUCAUUGAAAAUUACGAUGAUGGAUGGAGUAUGUGUAAAAUAAUCACAUCAUCGGUGAGCUCGAAAGACGAGACAGGACUCAUUCCAACCAAUUACUGUGAACUGUCCAAUGAUGAUUCGGCGUGGAAUAACGAUGAUGACAUGACUUCUCUCUCAGGCAUGAGUGCCUCAUCUCUUAUUUCAACAUUAUCAGCCAAUGGUGGAAAGGAAUGGAUGAUUGAAGAUAAAUCAUUGAUCAGUGCCGACAAACAUGUGAGUGUAUCGAAUGGUAUCAAGAUUGUGAGAACUGUGUCAUCCAAUAACAACAGUAAGAAGAAUUUGUAUUCUCCAACAGGUGCAGUGAAAUAUUCCAAACCCGAAGCCAUGAAUCUCUUGAGCAAAUUCUUAUCAAGUUCCUCGAAACGAAAAAAACUCAAAGAUUGGAUGGGACUCAAAGAACACAAAAAUUCACGAAAGAGAAUUGAAUUAGUGAAAGAAUUGUUAGCAACUGAGGAAAGUUAUGUGUCAUCCCUUCGUUUAUUUGUCAACACAUACGCAAAACCAGCAAAAGCAAACACACAAUUACUUUCUGAAAAGAAAUCCAAAAUUAUCUUUUCAAAUAUUGAACAAAUUUUGGGUAUUAAUGAAACAGUCUUGUCAUCCAUUCAAGCAUCCAUGCUGAAAUGGCCUUCCAAGAAUGAUAUGGGAGAAACAUUUAAUCGUAUGGCUCCGUUUUUUAAGGCCUAUGUCACUUAUAUCAACAAUUAUGAUGCUGCUUUUGAAUUAUUGGAACGAUGUGAAAAGAAAAAGAACAAAUUUUAUCAAUACAUGACCGAACAAACGAAUAAGAAUCCAACAGAACAUGGUUUGAGGUCUCUCUUGAUUAUGCCUGUUCAACGAAUUCCAAGAUACAAAAUGUUAUUGGAACAAAUACUUGCCACAAUUCCUCCAGACAAUGUAGAAUACAAACACUACGAAGCAGCCCUUAAAACAAUCAGUGAUGUUGCUGUGUUUUGCAAUGAAAGAAAGAGACAAGAGGACGAUAGCAAUAUAGUUUUCACAGAUUUGAAAAACAAACUCAACAAACACUACAGGGCAUUGGUCAAACCAACAAGAAAAUUCAUUAAGGAUUAUGUCUUAAAAAUUAAAACCAAAGAAAAAGCAGACAAGGACGAAUACAGAGGAUACAUCUUUACCGAUGUAUUGAUAUUGUCACAAGAAAGUGGAGGUCUUUUCAGUCAACUUUCCAAGAAAUCCUUCAGUUUUGUCUACUUCUCAUUCACCAAAUUAUUGGGAAGAAAUAAUUGUGAAAUUCAAAUGAGAUACAUUACCUCAGGAAAAGAAACAGACUUUUCACUCAUUGCACUCAAUGAAGAGGAUGCUAAAUCUCUCUACGAUCUAUUCGAUGAAAGAAUCAAAAGUAUUGAAGAAAGUCAAAGCUUCAAGAAUUUAAAACUCGAUCGUGACAGCUACUCGGUUGGUAAAGAACGAGUCGUAUUGGCCGAUAAGAGAGACGAUACCAAACAAAAAUUAGAAACCAGUUGCAAACAAUUCAGCACUGCAGAGAAACGUUUGAAAAAGCUCGAUCAAAGCAUUCAGAAUCAUGAAAUGGAGUUGCGACGACUUGUCGAUCAAAUCGCUCGAGAACGAGAAGAAAAAGCAAAUACCAUCAAAGAAAUGGAAACCAUUCAAAUGGCGUGUGCUGACAUUCAGGUCCAACUCAAGAAACACUUGGAAGAAAUUAAGAGCAGAGAUGACAUUCUCUUUGAUAAGAUGGUUCACAAUGUCGAUGAAGAUUUUGUUCUCAUCUUUGGUGAAGAGACUCUCACAGAUCCAGUGGAUGAAUUCAAGAAGUGUCCAUCCAAUAACUUGGCCUAUAUGAAUACGAGUAGUUCCUACAAACAUGUGGAUAUACAAGCCAUCAUGAAGGAAGUUUCCAAAGUGGUGGAUGUUGGCAGUAGUGGUGGUAGUUCUAUAGCGGCGAGAUCCUCCAUCGAUGAUGCCAUUGAUUCAUUAUCACCUCUCAAAUCACCACCACCACCUCCUCCUUCUUCUUCUUCCUUCUCAUCAUUUGCCUCUUCAUCCAUGUCUUUGAGAUCUGCUUCUUCUUCUUCUUCAUUGGAAGACAAUUCUCCAACCACCACUCCCUUCUCCUCGAGACCCAAACACAUUCUUCCUCCUCCAGGUUCUGAACUCAGAAAAUCCAUCACGACAGGAAGUGAGUUGGGAACCAGUGCUUUGAAAUUGUUCAACCAUCCGACAACACCUCCACGCCCUCCAUCCAAGCCUCAUAUUCAACCUCCCUCAAAAGUACAAACAUCUUCUUCUUCAUUGUCUUCAUCAUCGAAUGGUAAUGGUGGUGGUGGUGGUGGUAGCUCUUCUUCUUCAUCGAACAACAAGAGUAAUGGCACUGUUCCUCCACCUCCAAGCAGCAGCUUUAAAACUGUGUUACCUCCUCCACCAAAGACAUCGAAUACAACCACAACUACUUCCAAGUUUGGUGGUACCAGUGUUGCUGUUUCCUCUUCUUCCACCACUUCUUCAACAGCUUUAAAGAUUGCAGGUUUUCAAAAAGCAACAAACAACAACUCACUCUCUGGUAUGAAUUCAACCUCAUCAUCGAUGUUGAAUCAAUUAAUAGCCUCACCAAGGGAUAAACCACUACCAAAACCACAAGGAGCAAAACCAUCUUCAUCUCCAAUCUCAGCAAUGACGACUAAUUCCACAACAUUCAUUCCACCACCCCCUUCCACACCUCCACCUGGAAUAUCGACCCUCAACAAGCGAUCUCCAUUACCACCUCCAAGGAAAAAUUAA